AUGCGGUGGUACGUGCUUCCAGCUGCUCAAGUUCAAGACCGGGUAGCUGGCGGCUUUGACGAGGCGGCCGACGGUACACUCUCGAGCGUGAAAGGGAACGCGAUCACCGAGCGAUGCGUGUCCGCGCAUGGCGGACUCUCACGAUGGCCGCCUCUCAUCGACGGUGCCGGCGCCGUGUCGGGUGUGCCAAAAACGAGGGUAAUUCUCAAGAGAAGAUAA